AUGAGUGAACGUCUUCCACUUUCUCCUUUUGAGUUUGAAUCAGAUAUUUCUGAUAAUGAAGUGAAUCCAUAUGAUCAAUUAUCAAUUUUCGACACUGUUUCCCAUAUGGAUGAAGACGAGGGCCACCAGCAACAAGAUCACCUCCUCAAUCAUUCACUCGUUCAAAUGUGGGAUAUGACUGAGGAAUCAGAUGAUUUUCCCAAUGAAGGCUCAAUGCUGAUCAGUCACUCAUCCACUCUCACUGCUCACCACAUGAGUUAUGACCACGACACCAUCUUGGGUGAGGGUAGUAAUAUGUUAAUGGUUCCUAUUAAGACAACUUCUGCCACUACUAUUGAGAAUGGUUCUAUGCACGAAAUUCAACAUACCAUCUUCUCAGAGGAGGAAUACUCCCAGGAAUUGAAUGGUACCACCAACUGCUCAACUCUCAAUGACUUGAAAAGUGUUUCAAGUUCACAGAGAAAGUUGUUCAGACCAGCAACAAUCACCUCUUCUUCUUCAACAACUCAAGAUGAGUCAGAGUUGAAUAUCAAGAAUAACAUUUAUCAAACCAUUUGUCCUCAUCUUUUCUCAACUGAGGAGGUUCUUGUUGAGGGAGAUGCUGGUGAUCAAUUAUUGCAGUCCUCACCAGUAAGCGAAUCCUUACUUGCAACUCCUCUUUAUCAAGCCUCCAUUAUUAAAGAGGAAAAUGAGAUUUCAAUGAUGAAUACAACAAGUAAUCCAAUAGUUUAUGACGAAGAGACGGAUGAGCCAAGUGAAGAUGGGAACGAUAGCUUCUACGAUCACUGCUCGACCACUUCUGAUGACAGCUCUGAUUUUGAUUACAUGGAAGUAAAGAAGAGAAAGACUUCAACGAAGACUUCCAAAAAGAAGGUUGCCGAAACAAAGCCUCAAAAGAAGAAGAAGAUGGAGUCACCUUCCAAAUCAGCACACAAUACUGAAAGAGAAUCAAAGAGAAAGUCAUCCAAAAAGAUUGGAAGCAAGAAGGACAAAUCAUUGAGCUCAAAUGGUACUCCAGUUGCUGAAGGAGAUAUUAGAUAUGUCUACUCUGGUGGUUUCUUAAAUGUCAGACUUAAAAUGCCUGCACAGUGCAAAGGAUUGGGUUUAGGAAUAGUUCCUGCCUGUAAACCAGCAUUCUAUUAUGAAGGAAAGAAUAUGGUAAAUGACACAUCCGAUUCUGCCAAGUUUACUGUUGUUGUUGAGGCUGUCAAUUGUCCUGAUGAUUUUGAUGUUAGCAAAAUUGAUUUAGUGGUCUUAUCUUGUUCUAGUAAGGAUAGAGGAGAUAACUUGAAAGAAAUUGAAAGAAUUACUGAUGUAGAUGGGUCAUUGGACUCAACCACCUCAGUCCAUUGUAUGCUUUCAAAUGAUCCAUCAGGAAAUGAGCUCUUGAAGAUCAAUGAUUCUGACAUUAGCGACGACUCAAACAAGAUUUCAUAUAAUUGUAGUAUUACCACAUCCAACAAUCAUAGUGAUUGGCACGUUAAACAUAAUUAUUAUAGAAUAUUAGUUACUGCCAACAACGGUUCCGUAAUUGGUGGUUUGAGUGUUCCUUUCAAAGUUGCAAAGAAUGCAAGUGCAACCAGCUCAGCACUAAAAACCAAUGUUGAAGGUAAAAAGAAUAGCAAUCUCAAGGUUAUUGUUAGAGUGAGUGGUUGUAAGGGAGCUCAUCACCUCACCCAAACUGCUACUAAGACUUUCUUUGAUUUUGAGGGAAUUAAAUACCAGGUUUCACUUACGAGAGUAGAAAUUAAUGAAUAG